CCUCCAAGAAAAGCGACGUAAUGUCUGAUAUCUUCACUACGUCACCAGACAAGAAGGAUCGGCCACAAGCGGGGCGUCGUGCCGUACAGAGUACCUCUCCCAAUGAAGACUCUGAAAUUCCUGCUCCUGGAGCUGCUGCUACUGAUUCCACGAUGAUGUUGAGCCCCUCCUCCACAGACGAACUGUCCCCUCCUCGUCCCAUGCCCAAACAGGGGGGCUGGGGUGAAAACACUGCUGUCAGCAUGGAGGAUCCCAGGUUUAAUACUCAGAGUCCCGGGGAGGAAAUAUCUGAAAUUCCUACCAUUCCAGUGUUGGAAGAGAUGGCGGAGGAGGACCUCAGCUUUCAGGUUGCUGAAGCGCCAAAUGUUCAAGUCAACAGAGUUGCUACUAUCCGGGAGUUGGACCAGGAACUCAACAAACACUCAGCACUCAUGAUGCUUGAUAGCAAGAUAGAUCUGAAGUGUCUUACCAGGUAUUUGAACGCAGAGAGCAGUGUGAAGGAGAGUGAUAAGCCAUGGUACUGGGAAAGAUUGUUCACUGAGGUUGCAUCUGAGUUGAACAGUGAAUGGGAAGCGGUACGGGAGUUGGAAAAUGGCGAUGUGAUAAGGUAGCAGGAAUCUCUUCUUAUCUCACUUUAAUUCAAAACUGCUACUCAAAGACUCGUUAUUGCAACUUAUUCAGAUAUUUACCUGAACAGACUGCUGCGCAGUUUAUUUUCGACGGGGUCACAACCAAGUUUUAUUUUCAGAUUUUCAGAAACGCUUUCAGAAACAUUUAUUUGUGUAUAGAUAAUCGAUGUAUAUUAUUGUAUAAAGUUAUUUAUUCUAUUGUGUUUAAAGAAACCG